AAGGCUAGUGUUUUGCGGGGAGACUACGUUUCCCAGUAUGCAUUGCGCAGUGAUGGGGAUGUGUGCAGAUUUGCUUUGAGCGCGCGACACAAUUCUACUUCAAAAAAUGGCGGAUGUUGAAAUGGAAACAAAACAAGACAGUUGCGGCGGUGCGACCGUUCCUGGUGGGAACGAGGCAAUGAUAAUCGACAAAAUGGUUAAAAGGGCCCCGCCCUUAUCGCCCAUCCCAGGGCUCCCACACAAGUCCCGGCGCACACAUUCUCCAACUCCAUCUAGCGCAGCAAUUCCAGACACAACUGAAGAAGCCACUAUCACGGAAAACGGCAUGGCUGAAGAGUCCAUGAGGGGAUCUGUUCCAAUUGAGGCUCCCUCGCUAAGCCCCUCUUCCCGAAGGAAAUCCUGGAAAAGGUCCACUAUAGGGCGGCGUUCACUCCCUGCCCUUACCAACCCAUCUCAGACACUGUGCAGGACCAUCAGUCCAUCAUUAUCACAACAGGAGCGGCUGGAGAAACUGAUGGAAGCCUCGAUGAAGCGCGCACUAGAAAGAACCCAAACGUUGUUGCAGUCCACGCCAAAUGCCUCACUGGAGACGUUUAAGAAACAAGCCGAGGACAUGCAACCACAAUGGUGCAGUUUGGCCCAAGAGCUGCGCAGUCCAAGGCCAGCUCAGCAGCUUUCAUCGAGUAAAGAAAAUAAUCCUGCCAUGCAGCCAGCCCUGGAACAAAAGCGCAGUGAUAUCCACAGGUUACAGGCGGAGAUCAAUUCUUGGACAGCUCUGCUGUCCAAACACCGGAUUAAAGCGGAGGCCUUGGCAAGCAAGGUGGAGCAGGGCCAGCAGAGCAGUGUAACCCUAGACACCGCAUCACUGUCCCAGUCCUCUCAGUGGCAGCUCAUCCAGCGGAAACCAGACUACCACUCAGUGCUGUCUAGACAGCAGCCUGCACUGCACACGAUAUAUUUGGUGAUGAAAGCCCAGUGUCAAAUGGUGAGAGGGCUUCUCUCCAUUGAGAAGCACUCGCAGUUGGUGGUGAAGGUUACCAGUAGGAGCUUAGCGGCCGAAGAAGGGCUUCUGGACCUUUCACCUGACUUGAUCAGAGAUCUUGUGGCAGUGCCUUUCUCCUCAUCUUAGGUCCCCUUGGUUAAAAGGCAACUGGACCAGGCCGUCUUCCUACACGCUCCCUGAGGUUUAUUCCCCACAGUUGUGCUGUGGUUUUUGUCACUUAAUUAAUAUGUAUAUACCCUGUAUGAUUCUGUGACCUUUGCUUUAUGGCAUUUUUAAUCCGAACCACCAGGUGGCAAUGCUACCCUUUUCAAAACAAUGCCAAGAUAGGGUUUGGUAGGACUGUCAAGUUUUGCAUCUCUAGGGUCAACUUUUAAAAAAAUGUCUAAAUAAUGUAAUGGUAUCAUGAUUUAGUUAAAAAUACCUUAAAUGAUUUAAUGUUUGCUAAAUGCACAUAUGUUGGGAUGUUAUAUGUGUGGUAAUAUAAGUCAACUUGCAUUACCAUGCUCUUGUACAGCUCUGUAUUUUUCAAAUGAAGUCUUACAUUUUUCAUCUGGGAUUUGUGUAUAUAUGUCAUACGUUUUACCUUUCAGAAAUACAUUCUAAUGGAUUGAUCCAUUUUCACAAUAUACCUUGUAUUACUCCUUUAUUAUUUCAGAACCUUUUAACAGCAAAGUGUCAGGUCAAAACCCAUCACUUUCAUUUCCAUUGAACAUAAUAAACAUGUCUAUGGUGGCCGUCGAUAUAUAAUUAUCUUGCUGGUGCUGCAUUUAUUCCAACCCAUGUGUCCCCUGACCGUUGCCGAGGCCCCUCCCCCUCCACGUGACUCACUCCCAUCUCUGGCAUUUGGCGGGAUCACCCAGGCAGAACGAAGCUUUGACAUUGUGCCUGUCAGUCACAGCAGUCCUGCUCUUUUCAGCUGUUGUGUAAUUCCUUGGGAGCCUUUUGGUCAUCAUGGUCACUACUUUUCAUUAUGUCUUCGAUAAUUACACCUAAGAGCAAAUGGCUUUUUGUGUGUGUGUGGCCGUGUCUUCGACCUAAUGUGUGUGCGGGGCAGGGUUUUCCUUGUGAUUGUGUUUGUGUCAGUCCCUUGGAGACGACCCCAGAGAUGAGCAAAGAGGGAGAAGUGGCAUCGUGACCAUUAGUGUUCGGUAGCGAGGACGCUGGGGCACAGCAGGGGGAAAUAAUGAAGUCAUUUAGAUGAAAAUGAGCACUGGGUCUUGGGAAACUGAGAGCAUCUUGAGCUUUCAAAGGAAAUGAUGUUGUGCAACACAAGUCAACAUGAUGUAUCAAUGUGUAGAGGCUCCAGAGCGGUCAAAAAACUAUGUUUACUAUAGCAUAUAUUAUAAUUACUAAUGCUGAAAUGCCAUUGUUUGCCCUUUGAGAGAUUAUAUUAAGUAGCUCUUUUUUUUUCUAGGGCUACAUUUGUGUCCUUGCUCAUUGAGUUCAUUAUAUAUUUAUAGAUUAUGCUAAUAGUGCUAUUUGAGGAGAAUUUCGUACAUAUCAGGGUGUUAACACAUUAAGUAUUUUCUAGUUUAUUUCACUGUAUUGUGUGGUUUCUGGAUACCAGAAUAUACGCCAAACAUGCAAAGAGUGGAUGCUCUUUUUUUUCUCCUCAUACUGUAUUCUCUGGUCCAGGAUUUCUCUUAACUUUAGAUUGAUUAGCCACAGAUUGUAGUAGAUGGAUGUCUGAGGAGUCAGCAUAAACCACUGCUUGUUUGGUCACACUGCCCCAUGCAAACACAUCAUUUUUUUUAGUAGAGUGAGGCAGGCUACAGAUUUUCCUCCAUGUCUAUUCAGCUAUCCAUUCGUCUUGGGAAGCCCUCUGAUCUGAGUGAUAAACAACAGCAGAAGCGUCAACGUUUGCAAAAAUAAAUAAAUAGUGAAGAAACUAGUUUUCAGUCUGCUGUCAACAUGUUCAUGCUGAAAGACAAAUUUCGAGGUUAAUGUAUCGGGGCCGAAGAGUUCUGUUAAAUCCAUGCUCGUUUGACUUUUUAAACUGCCACAGUAAUGCAUUGGUU